ACUAUAUUGUAGUACCUAAGGCCUGUACCUAUAACUCUUCGAAACAGGUACUAUGUAUAAGAGGUACGCAAUAGAACUCCUUGUUGUAUGUUGUAAGAUGAUUGAUGUUAGGUAUCGCAUUUGCUAAGAGCCACUGGGGUAUAGAUCGUCAAAGGCUAGAGAAGGCGAAGAAGGGCCCAAAAAAAAAAAAAAAAAAAAAAAAAGGAAAUAAUUAUUAGUGAGCACCGUCCAAGGAAGAUCGUGAGUUUUUUCGGUCCCCUGACCUCUCUCCUGGGCGGUGGUUUAGUUUUUCCCACUCUCGUGUGUUCCCAGACUUCUUUACCAAUAUUUUUUUCUGUCGGUGUGAACUUCUUCCUCCUUUUCUCUCUCGCAUUCUUCUCUUAAAAAGCCCAAGACGAUUCCCAAUUGCGAGUGAAUUGCUUUCUAAAACAUUGAUUCUCUUUUACAUUCCAAAAGAGGCAUACAUAGUUGAGAUCCAUUUUGACGGUAGAGACGCACAUACGUCAUUUACCUCUAGGUACUCACACACAAAUCCAAUUCCCAUUCAUCAGCCCGAGCAAACUGAAGCUCAGUUUCACUUCUCCAGCAACUCGAUUUACAUCCAACGCUGAUAACAUUUAACACAUAAAAAUCAAACUUCUCUUAUUCCUCUUCCUCUCUAGCCUCCUUACUUCGGAUCAAUACAUCCUAGUCUCCUAUCGCCAGGCUUUUUU